CCUGGUUAGUGGUUGAUAUUCCUGUUAAGGUCCUUUGUCCGAAAUCAAAAAUGAUCAAGUACGCGAUUGUAUUCCUGUGCGUGGCGGCUCUCGUCAGCUGUGAACUUCACAGAGUGAAGUUAAGCAAGAAAAGGGGAGCCCGCCUUUACCGUUCUCGCACUGGAACCGAAAGUAUGUCGAACUAUAAUGACAUGUCUUACUAUGGGCCGAUUACUAUUGGAACUCCACCACAACAAUUUACUGUUGUCUUCGAUACCGGUUCAGCCAACUUGUGGGUCCCAUCCAGCGCCUGCAUUUCAGCUUCAUGUUUAAAACAUACAAGUUAUGACAGUCUUGUAUCAUCCACCUAUGUUCCCAACGGAACAUCCUUCUCAAUUCAAUAUGGGACAGGAAGCUUGUCAGGAUACCUUUCCACUGACACCGUUGUCGUCGGAGGAUUGACGAUCACUGGUCAAACAUUUGCUGAAGCCACUAAUGAACCUGGAGACACCUUCCUAGAUCAACCAUUUGACGGUAUUUUCGGUCUGGGAUAUAAGGCUAUUUCUGAAGACGGUGUCACUCCACCAUUCUACAAUAUGAUUAGUCAGAAACUUGUAUCGUCACCAGUUUUCUCCAUCUGGUUGAACCGUGUUGAAGGAGAAUUGAAUGGAGGUGAAAUCAUCUUUGGGGGAUCCGAUCCAAAACACUACAGCGGCUCGUUCACAUACAUUCCCCUCUCAUCGGAAUCCUAUUGGGCAUUCACUAUGGACCAUGGUAUUGUUGGUGAUUUGGAAUUCUGUGCUUCUGGCUGUUCUGCUAUUGCUGAUUCUGGUACUAGUCUUUUGGCUGGUCCACCUGACUCCAUCGCAUAUAUUAAUGAAGAAAUUGGAGCUGCUCAAAGUUCCAACGGUGCGUACUAUAUACCAUGUGGCGAGGCCGGUGCCCUUCCAACUGUUACCUUCUACUUGGGUGGAACUGCUUUCCCACUUACCUCAGCUGAUUACAUUAUUAACGUUGUCGAAGAUGGCACAAUAUAUUGUAUGUCUGGAUUCAGUGAAAAUCCAACGGCCGGUGAAGGUGGCCCAAGCUGGAUUUUGGGUGAUAUUUUCUUGGGCAAAUAUUAUACUGAGUUCGAUAUGGGUAAUAAUCGCAUUGGUUUUGCUACCGCUAAAUAAGCCAAUUUUAUGAUGAAUCUUCUGAAUUCUUGUCAAC